UCCACCCACCCAACUGACGUCUUCCGAUCAAAGACCCAACUCGUCGGGCCACACUCAAGCGCCCACCACAUAGCGACUGUCAUCUUGUCUCCCUGAUAAUCUAUCCGGCGUUGAAUCAUCGAGUACGGCUGCUGGGCAGUGCGUUGUACUACGGCGGACCUGUAGCUAUCUUUCAACCCGCUCUUAUUCUUAUUGUUUUUGUUUUUGGCCUCGUCGCCAGUCACUUUCGGUUUCUCUUCAAAAGGCUGCCUAUUUAUUAAGCCUACCUCUCCACAAUGUCGACACAAUCUCCCACACCUCCAACCCCAAAGGGUCCCCGUAACAAUCGGCGCAACCCAAAGAGGAACAUGACCCCCUCUACUCAGAAAGUCGCUAUAUUGGCAACCCCUCCAUCGUCGCCGCCGAGGAACCUGAGUCCGGGAGGAACCGCUACCGAUUCCUCCAUCAAUGUCAACGCAUCCAAGAAGAAACAGAGCCGGUCUGGCAAAAAGCCGCGCGAGGCGCCGAAAGCAUCUCCGGCACCUAAAGCGCACCGCCAUACCUCCUCUCAACCUAAUAACGUCAUCGCCACCCCUCAAGUCAAGGAUAGUCCUCAUUACGCAGGCCCAACCUUCCAUGCGUCCCCAGCGCCGUCGGCAUUACCUAUGCCCAGCUUUUUUUCCAAAUCUCUACCAGACUCGGAUCUGGCGCCGGCUCUGGAAUCUGAUGGUGACAAUCUCGAUGCCGAGCCGGACCUCGAAAACACGCCCUCGAAACCCAAGUCACGCCCCCAAAUCCAGGACGAGGAGCGCCAAUCAACUCCUUUGGAUUUUCUCUUCAAAGCUGCAGUCGAGGCCAGAAAUUCACAGCAGCAUCAAAGCCCCGAAGCAAGCUCUCGUAUCCGGUCUCCGCAGACUGAUUCCAAGACCCUUCAUCACCGUAAACCCAAUGGUGCUGCUGGUGGGCUCUUCCGGCUGGAGAUGGAGAGCCCGGAAUUCCAGAACUCUCAAAUUGGGCCUUCUUUCGCGACUUCUUAUAAGGACCGAAUGAAUGCGCUGCGAUCGGCCAGUUCACCUUCCCCUCCUGUGUGUGAGCUCGACGAGCAGCAGAAAAGAGAAAAAACCGAAGCUUUGAAAACUCUGCUGCUCAACCCUCGUCCCCAAAGGCCCUCUUCCGCAUCUAUGGUGGCUUUGGACCAAAGCGAUAGAGCAAUGGGGCGACCGACUCCGAAUCCUAAUGUGCCUCACUUUGCAACCCCAGUGAGGACGACCUCAGGCCCGCCAGCCCCUCUCUCACAUGGCAUGUCAUACGAUCAGAAACAGACAUUUGUUGGGAACGGCCGACACUACCCAUCGUCGUAUACACACUCGCAUGCGCACCAGCAGUUCUAUUCUCCGAAUUCUCCACUGAGGAAAGAAGUUCUUACAUCGAAAGUUGAAAACCUACCGGGCGUUUACGGGGAAGCGUUCUAUCCUCCAACUGCUUAUGAGCAACCCAAGUCUCCACCUAAAUAUGCGCAGUAUCCUAUGUAUUAUCCUCAGCACCAUCAAUCUCCGGUUUCACGAAGUGUGUCAAUGAGCAACAAUUCGCCUGCCUAUGACACGAAAAAGAUGGAAGAUGAUCUUCGAAGGAUCUUGAAACUCGAUGUUAACCCCGCGAUGCCAUCGAGCGGCAUGCAAAGUUCCUUCGCCUAAGGUAACCUCUUUUGCGCUACAGUAUUCUGUUCCUCUUUCCUUAUUCUCCACGUUCGUUUCAUGAUAUUAAUGUAUUACAAGGGUACGGUUUGGACGAGCAAUGCUUG